AUGAAUGCCUCUGAGAUUGGCCUUUUUGAGAAAAAACUUGGCCCUCGACAGCUGAUGCACUCCCCAGCUAUAGGGGCCUCAAGAGGAUUAGCAAUCAUUUGGGACUCUAGACUCAUCUCGUUUACACCUCUAGAGAUUAAGCAAAAUUGGAUAGGAGGAGCAGUAGCAAGCUAUAAGAAUAAGCUAAGAUUCAAUCUGAUUAAUGUUUAUGGUCCCACCCAAAAUAGGGAUAAGGCUCGAGUGUGGAUGGAACUUGAAGAUUUCCUCAGAAAUCACCCAAACGAUGUCUGUAUCAUUGGGGGUGAUUUCAAUGCCAUUACUAGGUUAGAAGAUAAAAGAGGAGGAAGUAGCAGACUUCCUCCAGCAGUUGUCGAUUUCAAUCAUUGGAUCAAUAGGAAUUCCCUGCUGGAAAUCCAGACGACAGAGAAUGCCUUCACCUGGAAUAAUAGAAGGUUAGGUUUCAGUAACAUUGCAGAGAAAUUAGAUAGGUUCUUGAUCUAUGGGGAACUCUUGGAGCUUAAGCACAACAUGGAAGCAGAGCCUUUGCCUUUAUCAGGAUCUGACCACUUUCCACUCCAACUUAAUUUAUUGUCAGACCACUCCCCUAGAAAUUGUCCUUUCAAAUUUGAAAGCAUGUGGUUCCGAGAUGAUAACUUUCUAAACCUUAUUGAGAAUUGGUGGAAAGGCUCUUCAUUCUCAGGAUCAAAGAUGGUUAUUGUUGCAAACAAGUUAAAGCUUAUCAAAAGGAAGCUCUUGGAAUGA